UUUACUGUUUCUCACUGUGUCACUCCCCACCUUUCUUAUCUGUCUGUCGUCUGAAACCACCCGUAAUGUAUGAACAAGGCUAAGUUAGCUAACUUCACGCUAGCUGAAGUUGAACUUAGGGCACCAGAUGCCAGGUGCUGGUCAAUGGGUGUGAGCCGACUGGAUGUAUUUUACAGAAGGCUGCUCCUCACCAAACUCUUCAUUGGGGGAUGGGGGAAGCCUGAAGACCUUAAAAGAAUCUUUGAGUUCCGUAAGAUCAUUGGAGACAGAGAGAAGUGCAAGUCUCUGGUGCCUGAGGACUAUCCAGUUUAUAUAAACAAGUCAGAAGAGCAGUCAGACUGUCAGAUCCACGAUGGUUUCUUCAUCUCUCCUCUGGAGCACUUGGUUCCUGGAAUCCUGCCACCAGAGGCUGUCAAAGCCAGGUUCCAGUUUAUAGUUCCUAAGAGGUGGCAGAAGAACAGACCAGUAUGUAUCCACUUGGCUGGGACUGGAGACCAUUUUUUUUGGCGUCGGCGUACCCUGAUGGCCAGGCCCAUGAUCAAAGAGGCUGGAAUGGCUUCACUGCUUCUGGAGAACCCUUAUUAUGGCUAUCGUAAACCCAAAGACCAACUGAUAAUUACAGCUGCCAUCCUCAGGGAAGGAUCAAGCUACAAACUUCUCAGAGCCACCUGGCGGUCCAGUCUCAAGAAUGUAUCAGACCUGUUUGUCAUGGGAGGGGCUUUGAUCCUGGAGUCAACAGCGCUGCUCCGCUGGCUGGAUAGAGAAGGAUACUGGCCACUGGGAAUGACUGGCAUCUCCAUGGGAGGAUACAUGGCGUCCCUGGCAGUGACUAACUGGCCGAAGCCCAUCCCUCUGAUUCCCUGUUUGUCCUGGUCCACUGCCUCUAGUGUCUUCACCACGGGUGUGCUGAGUAAAGCAGUGAACUGGACAGAGCUGGAGAAGCAGUAUGCUAUUAACUCGGUGUAUGAAGAGGAGAUCAUUAACCUGUUGGAGUACUGUGGGGCUGAUUCCUUUAAGAUGGGUCCAGAACUUGCAAAGAAUGUGGACUCUAUGGAGCAUCUGCUGGGUCCGUCUGGAGGUGACAGAGUUUCAUUGGACCAGUACUCCAAAGCUGGAGGGGAAGCUGAGAUUGGACAAGGCUUGUUGAUUGGUGGAGGCAGGGCUAGAGACAGAGGAGACCAUUUAUUAUCAUCAGUGAACAGCAGUGGGGCAAGUUUGGACUCUGUACCAAGAAGCCUUCAUGCGAACAACAGAAUGCAUGGGAAGAAGACAAAUUCAGCUAAAUGCUUUCGACCGUCAUUGCAUAGGGAGUCUAUAAGCUUCAUGAAGGGAGUGAUGGAUGAAUGUACACACAUGGCCAACUUCUCUGUCCCGGUAGACACCAGUCUCAUCAUCGUGGUCCAGGCCAUAGAGGAUGCCUACAUCCCUCGCACAGGGGUCCUCAGUCUGCAGGAGAUUUGGCCAGGAUGUGAAGUCAGAUAUCUGAAUGGAGGACACAUCAGUGCAUACCUGUUUAAACAGAACGUCUUCAGACAAGCCAUAUACGAUGCAUUCAACAGAUUCUGCCUGAAGUAUCCCAACCUGCACAAACUAUGACAGGCUUACGUUGCUGUCACAACACCAGGACCAGCCUGUCCACAGACCAGAAGCCUCAGCAUGACAUAUGGCAGUGAAAAUAUUUCGUUUUGAAACAUGAUGUGUCUGAGCUUUACAGGCCAUCCAUAGUCAAAGGUUUAGCUGGGCACAGUCACUUUCUAAUUCUUUACAUUUCCUGCUUCUGCAGAGGGAGUUGUGUGUGCCUUGCUGUCCCCAAAUGAGUAUAAGUGACUGAAACUUUAGCAGUAUCAAAAAUGUUGUGGAAAGAGUAUGUGGUUGUCAAAGGAACACUCAGGCCUCUGGUUUCACUUUGGUAACCUGGUGGUAAUGGACAAUAACCCUGUGGUUCUCACGGGUUCACUGGUACACACCAGCAGGCUGGAAGUGUGCAGCUUUGUCAUGAAUAUUUUACCUUUCUCCUUUACCUGGAGAAAGUCCUGAUAGGACACACAAACAGUCAUUGUAAUAUUACAACAACAAAAAUAUCAACUCACUGUUGUGCAGCUACUACAGAACAUAGAUUAAAACAGUAUAUGAUAAAUUACAAGAAAGUACAAAGUAUCAGUACAAAAUAUCAUAGGAAUGUUGUAAAAUAUAGAUAUGUUAGGGAUUACAUCAAAGAAUAUGAAAUAAGUUACACUCACUGUAAAGCUGCUUUCAUGACACAGGAAUAUAAUAAUAAAUGAUUAUAACAGAUUUCACUGUAAUGGAAAUGGAAUUGGUUAAAUUUAUAUUCCUUAAGAUUUUGAUGAAUUUAGAGAAUGUUUUUGAUACAAUUUAUGGUUGGCAUUAUUUCUGCAAUAACCACUCAUAACCACAUUAUUUGCAGUCAGUAAUUAUCUCUUUACAUAGUAGUUUUCAGUGUUCGUCGUGGAGUCUGCCAUUCCCAUACAGGAUUAAAAUGACCUGCCUACACUCAAAGAAUUCACCGGAAAUGAUGCAGCAAGUAAUUUAUUCUGAUUGACAUCAGCCUCACUGUUGACUGUUCACAUCUCUCUCUACUACAGCCAUAUCAUGCCUGUGUUAACAUUUCCUAAUGCUGCUACAUCACAUAAAAAGUAUUACAGGCAGCACACCUCCAACUCCUCAGCAAGGUAAUCAACUUUACUGUUCCCUGCUGUGUGUGGAAGCCUACUGGCUCCUUGCGCAGCAUGAAAUCAGAUGUAGUAAAUAAACAUAAUUGCUGACAUACUAUUAUUAAGCUGUUAUCACAGACUUUUAGCUCUGUUUCCUUCAUCUCCUGUCAACAAUAUCUGGCUCUGUAGCAGCUACAUGUUCCACUCUUUAGUCUGUAACUGUGUCUGUCUGCUGUUUGUUGCUGGGCAGGUAGUGUACAGUGGCUUGUUACAGCUUCUUCUCUGAAAACAGCUGUCUGCUACUGAUAGAGAUAAAGUUGAUGACAACGGUGCGACUAAACCAGUAAAGUUGUUGGCCAUAAAACCAAAACAAUAAGCUGAAAGACACUCAAUAUCUCUGUAGAGCUGAGGGGACUGCAUAGUUGUUGAUAAUUCACUUUGGGUUUAUCACCAGCAAGAGGAUAUUUCACAUCACACAUAGUCUUUUUAUACACUGUUAAGAUAAAAAAUAUUGAUUAGUGCACCUCUAAGAUGACUGAACAAUUGUGUAUUGAUGACGCCAGAUAAAUGUGAUUAGUGUGUGGGGGAUGACUGAUCUCAGUAAAGUUGUGCUGAACUGUUAUGAUGUUCAUAAUAUCAAAUGGCAGAUAGAGGCAGCUCGUUAUUUUGAAUUAGCUCCACCUUUUCAGUCUUUGCCCACUGGACCACCACCACUGGUCUCUCAGCCAGAACAUCCCAUUUUGAAACUAGAGGCUUCAGUGUUUUUGACAGAAACAUUCCAGGAUCAGCAUAACAAGACACAGUGAAGGAUGGCAACAGCUUGUUUUAUAUUGUCCAGAUUAUAUGCCACAUUUCAGUAUAUUAUAAUAGGGUUAAUUAAAUGCUGUAUCUGAUACUGUACAUAUCCUUUAGUCAUACAUGAGUAAAGUGAGCUGUACAUAGAACGUGUGAUGAGAAAGAAUAGCAUGUGAAUGUGUCUGAAAAAAUGUAGGCAUAUUGAGUGAAAGUUCUCUGGACUGACCCCUCUUUUUCUGGUGUCCACUCCCGCCUUCCUUGCUCUGUGUGACCAUCUGCAGUUUAUCCAAAAAAUUCUGUUUCCUUGUGACAUGGACUCUCGUUUCUUCUUUUAGCUCAUAGUCAGUGACAAUAUGCUGAACUCAUUGUCUUACUUUUUUUUUCUCCCUCAAAUGACAUAAAGGACUGCUUAUGUCACUUUCACUACAUCCACUGUCAUUUGCCCAGGCUUCAUUUACCAGCACACAGCCAUAAAAACCUAUUUCUUCACAAUAUUUGGUUUUUCUCAAGGAUUAAAUACCAUCAGCACCAUAGUUUUUGGUUGAAGUAUAUAAGUGUUGCUUGAGUAGCACUCAGUUACUCGAGCGAAUCAGAUGGAAAGAAUGAAACUAAUCUCCCACCAACAGCCAAUGAUGUGACCAUAUGGAAAGAAAGUCCAGGCACUUCAAGUGUAAACCAAAAGACAGAGUGGACUGGAUGAGGCCAGGCGACUGCACAGUUUAGCUGUGGGAUGAUCUGAGAAGAAUCUCAAAUCAGUGCAAAAUUGCCCCGAUGAAAUAUGAAAUGAAAUGCAUUUUUUUAAACGAAUUUGGUAAUUUUAUUUUAAAAUUAAAUUCUUGCUGUACUUAAUGAAAAUCAGAAUAAGGAAUCAGUUAUUAAUUGACAACUUUAGUAUUAUUACUUUACUUGUCAUUCAUUGAUUCAUCAUUAAAUGCAAAUUUUAAAGAUAAAUUUUAAAAUGCUUGUUUUAGAUGUCUCAGUUUGUCAAUUAAUUAUAACACACCAUAAAGUCUCUAAUUAUUCCAGCAGAGCCCAGAUUGGUGGGUUCUGCCAGUAUUUUAUAUUAGACUGCAGGUGAGUGGUAUCUUUUUUAAUUUGAGAAAAGUAAGCUUUCUGCAGAAAUGCAUUAGCAUAUGUUGUGAUCAGUAUGAUUAUUCCAUGGAUAGAUGCAGAGGUUUUAACAGAGAGAACAUUUUCCGCCUUUACCACCCAGCAGUAGUUACUUGAAAUGACUAACUAUAGCUGAGGACUGAGUCUAUCCAGCAGCUCAGAGGUGGAACAACAGUGUCUGUGAUCAGAGAAAUAAGAAAACGUAUUGAUGAUGUUAGUCCACUGAAACAAAGCAGGAGAGCAGAUGGACAGUUCAGGCUCCCGUUUCCCAAAAGGAUCUAAAGAUGAUCUUAGCCUAUAGAUUUACAGUGGGAAUAAGAUCAUUUUACAAUGGGACUGAGAACAAAUAUUUUAGAUAAUCCGUUCACACAGUGGCGGCUAGUGUGGAGACA